CAGCGUCCAUUACCUAUUUUGUUUUGAAGCAAAUCACAUAUUUAUAAAAAUGACAGCACCUGCGUCUGCAGUAGGAGAGCAGGGCUCAAGUAGCACCGUAAAAAUAAUUGCCAACUUAUUUAUUUCGUUCAUAGGAGCAGGAAUCCUUGGUCUACCAUAUGCUUUCAAAGAGUCUGGGGUUCUAGAAGGCGUGCUGGUAAUGUCACUUGUUGGUGCAUUCAGUGUAAAGGGAAUGAUAUUGGUUAUUAAUUGCAAGUAUAAAAUCCUGGAAAAUCCUACCAAACGCCAUGAUGCCAAACAGGGGAAAAUUGUGUUGCCACAGCAUAACUUGGAAGCUGAUACCGAACGGUUGUUAGAUACAGAUGACCCGGAUGUCAUGGUGAAAAAGAGAGCACUUAAACAGUGUGCCAGUGAAGAUAAUAUGAACUAUGGUGAUGUGGGUUACCAUGCGAUCGGUAGAGUGGGUCGCAUGCUUGUAGACGUAGCCCUGCUAAUUUCACAACUUGGCUUCUGCUGUGCCUAUCUUAUAUUCAUCUCGGAGAACCUUGGAAGUUAUGUAGAAAAGAUAAGCAAGAGUGACUGGCUGCUUAUUAUGCUUCCUUUCCUGUUUCUACUGACAUUGCUCAGAGAAUUGCACAGUCUUGCACAUACAAGUAUGUUCGCUCAAGUCUCCAACUUGUUGGCUUUCCUUGUCGUAUUCUGGUUUGAUUUUGAGCAUUGGUCACAUGCCACAGCAAGAAUUCAUCCGAAGGAGGUUUCACUCAAGGGAUUUCCACUAUUUUUCGCUGUGUCAAUCUACUGUUAUGAGGGGGCUGGCAUGAUACUAACACUGGAACAAUCAGUGGCCAAAGAGAAACGUCAUCUAUUUAACGGGUAUUUUGUGCGGACAAUGGUUGCUGUGACAAUUCUUUACAUUGUGUUUGGUGCUUGCGGUUACAUGUCCUUUGGACUCGAAACAAAUGAAAUCAUCACGUUGAAUCUUCCAAAAAAUUCAGCUAUCGACUUUUCUGUGAUGGUGAAGUGCUGCCUCUGUCUAGCUCUAUUUUUCACUUACCCAGUGAUGAUGUUUCCGGUGACAAAGUUGCUUGAAAGUCGGCUACUGCAAAGCCAGGAGGCGAAUCCGUGGUAUGGGAACCUAAUGCGCUUGGUGCUGGUAGGCAUUACAGGACUGACGGUCAUGAUUAUUCCAAAUUUUGCGAACCUGAUGGCUCUAGUUGGGUCAACCUGCUGUACAUUACUGGCUUUUAUUCUACCAGGGUUCUUCCACAUAGUCCUGUUCAAAGGGUCCCUAACAAGACGCCAGUAUCUGUUUGAUGUCGUUCUAAUUUUUCUAGGCGUAGCUGGUACGUUCAUUGGAACAUAUGAUACUAUGAAGAGGAUGGGAGCGUCGAGGAAGCCUAAUCUAGUGAUGAUGCCCGAUAUAUCACAGUUAAACAGCAGUCAACCACUGAUGCUAAACCAGUCCAUGGAAGCGUGAUGACGUUUAGCUUGGUGGAAUAUAUAACGUAUAUAUACAGUAGGUGGGCUUAUUUUAUUAUUCAGAAAAUCUAGGGUGAUCGCAAAAGAUAAGCAACUCUUAUAGAAACACUGUGCCAUGAAUUUGUAGUUUGGGGUUCUUGCGAUUAAAGUGUGAGGGACGAUGUCUAUGUGAUUUAUUUAUAAAAAUAAGAGCUAGUUAACUAACUAGCAUGCACACUAGUGAUAUGCAAAAAAUUAAGUAUCUGUUUCGAACUGUAUUUGUCAUUUAGUGCCUCCUUACUAUAGAUACAGGUUACUAGGUUGACCUUUACUAAUUUGAGGAAGACCAACCAAUUGCCAUUCCCAAGAUAGGAUAUUUGUUUAUAUGAAAAUAGGUAACAAAUGAUGAUUUUGAUUAGCGUAGUAUGUAUGUCAAACUCUUAGUAAAAUGAGGAAUUUCAAUGUAAACUACGUUUUUACAUUUCACUGUCGUAUGCUCUAUGGGUAAAUAGCGUGUAAUACGAUGUAAUCAACAUGCUGAUAUGUAAAUCUUCGUAUAAACAAAGAUGCUAGAGAUAAGGAUGGGUAGACUAGAUGCACCUUGCCAGGUAGAAACAUUUAGCUUAGAUGAUCCUAUUCAAUCAUGGAAAUACGAAUCAACAUAUUUGCAAUGUCAGCUAGUGUAUUUUUGGACGGAUCUCUGUAUAGUGCCCUAUAGAUCGAUACGAUUGGACAACGAUGAUUUUUUACAAGGUCGCGGUGGCUUCCAAUUAAUUAUUUUCUAAAUUUGUGACACUAACUGUAAACAGAUAAUUAUUUAGCAGUACAGUCAAGUUAAUCUUUUGGUUAAAUAUAAAUGUAGUGGUCUAGUGUUAUUAUUGAUGCCCCCUGAUGUUUUCCACUGCUAUUUUGUUAUAUGUCUAGAUAUCAAUGUAUUUCAUUGUAUUGUGAUUGAGUAUAGAACACCAUUCACACGAAGGGCUAUGGAGCAAUUAAGCAGUUAUUUUGACAGUAUGAUAGGGACUGAGGUGGGUGGAGGCUUUUAGGCAAAUUAUUAUCAUUGUAUGUGUUUAUAUUCGGACCAGGCGUGUAUGUGUAUCCCUGUAAAUAUUAGCAUGGGUGUAGUAUGGCAUUACUGCCGCACACUUAUCAGGGACCAAAGUAUAAAUGCCGCCACAAUAACAAGAAGGUUGUGUUGUUUGUUCAAUUAGCAUUUACAACCGUUACGUCUGUGACUUUGUAUGCGUGGCUAUAGAAUCUGAUCACAAAGUCGCCCUGGUGAAUAGCAAUAUCUGACGCUGUCUGUAGAAGCUUUUCCUUGACGGCCAUUUUUACGUCGAGUAGACCAUCAUUAAUCUUUAGUUUCACACUUUUCUAGUAUAGUAGUUGUUUUUAAAUAGCGUACGCACCGUGCAGGGAACUAUGAUACAUUAGCACGACCUGUUUUGCAUGUGUCUUCAGAGAGAUAGUUUUUUAAUACAUAUAUCAGUGGUAAGAUCACGAGGAAUAUUUAUCAGAGAAAUGUCUUAUCAUCUUAUUCGUUGAUAUAUGUUCAUUUCCCGGUGACAUUCUGCUUAUAAUAUACGUGGAAUAUGUACCAAGUGUAGCACGAUAAAGUACGCAAUGUCGGGUGUUAUAAUUCUCAUUAAUUUAUCACAAUUAAGCUAACAGUAGAGAGUUAACGUUUGUUUGAUGAGAAUAUAUCGAGAGCAUAUAAACUAUAGUUUAUAAACUUAUAGUGUAUAUGACGUUGAAUAGAUCUAUUGCAGUGUGAUUUCAUUUUGACGCGUCGUACUGAGACAUAUCCGUGUUGCUAUUAGAAACAUGUAUAAUAUUGUGGUUACUAUGUAAACCUGCGGAAAACAUACUUUCUAGCAUCUGUGGGUUCUUCUUUCGGUAAGAGUGGGUGGUUUUGUAAGAUAAUCUUAUUAUAUUGUCAAACUGUAUGUGUGUGUGUGAGGUUGUUGACAGGUAAAAUAAAACAUAUCUAUUUCACGUUUAGAAU